UUUAGACCACAUCCCCUCUGUGAAGACACACUGCAAGACGUAGGAACAAACAUGGAAUUAGAGGACUUUCAUAAUAAUGCUAAAUGCAAAAAUGUUAAGAACACAACUGGACCUCAAAGACACUGCAAUUAUGAAGAACAACCUCGAAGCUGCCGAGGAAGUCGAUGUUUGGUGCCGAUCACUGUGUGUCUCGGGAUUAUUUGUCUACUUCUAAUUGCUGGCAUCAUACUGAUGUAUUUUCAGGCCUCUUCUAAGCGAGGAUAUCUGUGGGGUCCAGAUGGCUUGUUCAUGUCCACUGAGUUGAAGAGCUGGUCUGACAGCAGACAGUAUUGCAGGGAUCGUGGUGCUGAUCUGGUCAUUAUCAACACUGAAGAGAAGCAGAGGCACAUAUCAUCAUUUAUCAAAGAGAGAGUGUGGAUUGGUUUGUCUGACAUAGAGAAUGAGGGCAACAUGAAAUGGGUGGAUAAUUCACCACUGAAACAAGGGUUUUGGGUUGAAGGUGAGCCAAAUAACUAUCAUGGUAAAAGCGAAGACUGUAUUGAAAUGAGGCCUCCAGAUCCUGUCCUGAACAACUGGAAUGAUCUCUCAUGCUCUGAGAAGAAAAAAGGGAUUUGUGAGAAAUAGAGUUCAUCACUACUUGUCAUGCUUGUCCUUGUUUCAUGGAAUCAUUAUUAAGAAUCUAUAAGUGUCACUGAUUCUCCCUAUUAUUCUAAUUUUUAGUGUCUGUGAAACUGCUUUUGAGAUUAAUUGCUUUCUCUAUAAAUAAAAUGGUCGAUAACCAUCAUUAACAUAUUAAA